AUGUGGAUUAUUUCAUUUUGGGUCCUUCCGGUCAUAUCGGCCUGCAUGUGGGUUGCCACGCUGGUCGCCAUGCUUGCCGUCUGGGCCCGCGAGGGUGAACCGAUCUACUCGAGUAUGGAGGUGGGCCAGACCAUUGCAUACAUUUCCGACGUGGGGGCGUCCGGGCUGAAGCCGCUCUUCAUCACGGGCAGUGUGAUCAUGGUCGUGUUUCUCGAUUUGGCCAUCCUGUCGGAACGGUGGCUGCGACAUGCGGGCAAGCUGGUUCCGAAUAAAGGGCUUUUCGACAAGCUGUGUGCGAUUGCGUCGAUCUUUUUUGCGAUUGCCGGCGCAGUGGGCUUGAUUCUGUUGUCGAUCUUCGAUACCGUCCACCACCCGCACCUGCACGAUGGGUUCCUGGUGAUGUUCAUAGUUGGAUACGUCAUUAGCGCGAUCCUCAUUUGCGCCGAGUACCUGCGCCUCGGCCUGUUCUACCGCUCGCAACACCGCGUCCUGCUGGCCAGUUUCAUCAUCAAGCUCACCUUUGUGAUCGUCGAGGUCGGGCUGGCCAUCGCCUUUGGUGUCUGCACGAAGAAAAGGUCGACCAAGAACGCCGCCGCCAUCCUGGAGUGGAUCAUCGCCUUUGUCUUCACGGGGUACAUCCUGUCGUUCAUGGUCGACCUGCUGCCGGCGGUGCGGACGCGCCGACACGUGCCGCAGGGCGAGAAGCAUGCGGCGAUGAUGGCAACCACGCCCAGCAGCAUCGAGGAGCAGCCCCACGCCUCGCUGGAAGAGCCCUUGACGACAGACUCGACGGGGCCGAACUAUUACCGCAGCCAGCACAUGUGA